UCUAUGGAAUACACAUAAAAAGAGAGAUACCGAAGAUCAUGAAAGAAAUGAAAUAGACUACUGUAGCUACUGGAGGAGAUGUAAUUCCGUCUUGAUCUGUUUGGUGUAUGAAGUGAAAUACGUGAAUUAUAGCAUAAGUGUAAAACGUUAAUAAAGUUUAUGCAGUGGACAAAGUUCAAAAAUACUGUCUGGAACAGAUAAGCGACUAUGUAAUUUUAAAAAAAUGUCAGCAGUAUACUCGUAUACAAGUACGUUAUGUAUGAAGAAAGACCUGUACCUGAGAAGCAAAUCUUGUAAAUUGAUAUUAAUAUUCACUGUCUUUCAUGGUUAGUAAUGGGAAUUGUAGUGCACAAGCAGUUAUAAUGCAUUAUACUACAGGAAUAUAUGUACUUUUACAUGUUGCAUUGUUGCCUUCAAUUACUGGUGCUAGUGAUGAAAAUGGGGAUAAUUCAAAGGAGUCUUAUGUGAUCUGUGCAAGAUCAAUCGGAUCUAUUCAGCUUGUUAAAGAUGCAGAGAUUUCAGCACUUGAAUUAAAUUCUACAAACCUCACAAUUACCUGCAGGACAAACUACUGUUAUGCUUAUUGGGAGGAAGAUAUGACAGGAAACGUUGCUGAUUUAAGCCAAGGUUGUUGGAAAAGUUCAGGCAGACCUGCAGAUUGCGAACGUAAUGAGUGUUUAUCAGACAAAAGACCCCCAAAAGGAAAAAACAACACAAAAUUUUGCUGUUGCUCAGGCGAUUUAUGUAACGCGAACUUCACAAGCAUAGCUGUGCCCGAAGAGGAACGAAUUUUAACUUCGACCCCACCCAUUGAAGACGUCCCCAAGUUAAGCCUGAGUCCUUUAAUAUGGGUUGUAUCUGGUGUGUCGUUUGUAUUUUUUAUGAUAUGUUCCGGAACUUUAGCCUUUUUCUGCUGGCAUAUGAAACCUAAGAAAAAUGAUAUCGAAGUGGGACAACCACCUAUGCCAACCCCCGAAGAAUUUAAUUUAGAAAAGUUAAAACUUUGUGGAAUUAUAGGUCAAGGUCGUUAUGGUUGCGUAUAUCGCGGUAUGAUAGAAGACCAAGAAGUAGCAGUUAAAGUUUUUUUACCUCAUCAUCGCAACUAUUUCAUUAAUGAACAUGAAAUCUAUAAGUUAGUAGGUGAUAACGCGUCCCUUCUUAAAUGUUUUGGGGGUGGAGAACGGAACCAAACUCCUGGAGCACCCUCUGAUUAUGUUCUUAUAUUCAGCCUUGAACAGCAAUGUCUUCAGGAGUACUUAAAAAAUCACACCCUUGAUUUGGCUACAUUAUGCAAAAUGAGCUUGGGAAUUGCAAAAGGACUUGCUCAUUUGCAUUCUAACUACAAGAAACCUUGUAUCGCUCAUAGAGAUAUCAACACUAGAAAUGUAUUAGUCAAACACGAUCAGACUUGUGUAAUCUGCGAUUUGGGACUUGCUGUUGUUCCCAAAAAAACCGAAAAUCAUUCCCUAAGCGAAGCAGGUACUUUACGCUACAUGGCUCCGGAAGUUCUGGAAGGAGCGGUGAACCUGAGAGAUUGUGAGAGUGCAUUGAAACAGAUUGAUGUAUAUGCCCUUGGUUUAGUAUUAUGGGAAUUAGGCACGCGAUGUACCGAUAUGCAAGCAGCCGAGCCCCAGCCGUACGCUUUGCCUUUUUAUCGCGAAGUCGGAGAAAAUCCGUCACUCGAACAAAUGCAAACAUUGAUUAGUAGACACAAGGCACGUCCUUUGUGGCCUCCCUCAUGGAAAGAUACCGCAGCUGCAAGACUUUUCUGUGAAACAACAGAAGACUGUUGGGAUCAGGACGCUGAGGCUCGUUUGACCUCUCUUUGUGUAGAAGAGCGUCUUCUAGAACUUCCAACGCUUAAAGGACGCGUCUUGCACCCCAUGCACCCGCCUGCCAGCCCUACUCCUUUGAUUAACAACAACCACCUCCAUGAUAACACCAUGGACUCUUCCGUAGGAACCAUCGAAACCUUGUUAUCACCUACGGAAGAAAAUUGUAAAAAUUCGAAUCAAUUGGUUCCCUGUGUGGCUCCUUUACAACCCUUCCAAGGUCGUAAUCCAUGCCUGGAACGUAAUCUAUUACUGGGUUCUAGUGAUUGUCUUUUAGUCGAUAAAUCUUCAAAGCAUUGUAACAGUUCAGAGUCUCAGAAUCUUCUUACCAACGAUUUCCUCAAUUUCCACCUUAACCACCGAGCAACUCCGAUUCCCUAUGUUCAAAACGCCGUACACGGGAGCCCUAAGCGAUACAAUUGUGCCGUAAACGUGGCCCCAAAAGCUUCAAGGUUUAAAUGGAACGGAUUUAAAAAUCUUUUCAAUAACAGAAAGAAGUGCAACAAUUAUUGUUCUACUUCUUCGGAAUGUAAAGAAACCAAAGUUCAAAUGGCUCCUGCAAAAUUAGUCAAUGGUAAUUUUGGACAGAAUGAAGUCACCACUAUGUUACUAAACGAAAAUGAAACGAAGGACUGCAAACGUCCUAGUAGUUUGUCUUUAAAAAAGAGGAACUGUGAGGAUGAAAAAAAUAAUUGUAAUAAUACUGCAGGAGUUGCACAAUUACUCAAAAAAGACAAGUCUCUCAGGUUACAGAGAUCGCUGGAGCAGUUCAGUGAAGUUUUUUCUUCCUCCAGCGAUUUAUCGAAACUCAAGGACCCUUCAGUUAGAGUAAAGACUCCAGGCGACGUGCCUCCUUCCGUGAGAAGGACCAGGGGAAAAGCGGCCAAUGAUUCCGCCCGGUUUUCUUUAUAUGACGAUAGAAUUAUGACACAAGGUCAGUGGGGUAGCACACCUACUUUAAAUCCCCAGCAACAGGAAACUCAACGGUCUAACAGUAAUCUGCAGGACAGAGACAGUAUCAGUAGCUUUUAAAGUUUUACAUUUAAUUCGCUAUUUUUUUUUUAUUAUUUAUUACUCGAAUUUUUAUUUCGAUAUAAAUGAACAUUUGUUGUCACUUUUUGGCAACAAAAUUAUUAUAAAUAUUAAUUUUGUAGA